AUGCCCGUCGUCCGCACAAGCAAGGGCUACGGCCGCAAGAAGGCGCCGCCGGAGGGCUACGAGGACAUCGAAGACACGCUUCUCGAGUACGACAACGCCAUGAAGGACGCAAUGAACGCCUCGCACGAAGGCAAGAAGCGGCAAGAAAUGCAGUGGCCCAUCUUCGAAAUCACCCACAAACGCUCGCGCUACAUCUGGGACCUCUACAACGACGAGAAGAUCAGCAAGGCGCUGUACGACUGGUGCCUGAAGAACGGCAAAGCGGACGCAAACUUGAUCGCCAAGUGGAAGAAGCAGGGCUACGAACACCUGUGCUGCCUGCGCUGCAUCCAGACCAAGGAGACCAACUUCAACAGCACCUGCAUCUGCCGUGUUCCCCGCGACCAGCUCAAGGAGGAUCAUGUCAUCCAGUGCGUCAGCUGCGGCUGCGCUGGAUGCGCAAGCUGUGAUUGA